CCCACCAGGAGAGGGGCCUGGGGUCCCGGGGGGGGGGGGGGGAGGCUAAGAUUUCCCCCGGAUAUGAUCCGAGAAUAAUGGAGGGGGAAAAAAUGAAAAUGAAUAGAGAUAAAAUGAAAAGUUUCGCCCGAUAUGAUUGAUUUCAUAAUGGCGGGCUUUUCAUCCGUAUACGCUACUGAGUUGCUCCCUCGAUUCUGUUCUCUGCUGGUACGGUACCGCUCAUUUUUGUUCCCUUGGGAAAUUGGAAAGGGGAAAUAUAUAUAAAAACAUUGAAUAUUGAGGAGAGGACAGAUAAAGAUGCGGAACAAUGCAGCUUCCUCGAGAUGGGCAACGAAGGGGCAGCGGCCCGUUCGCAUUGCGAAUUGCUCGGGAGCUCGAGGCGAUCCCGGAUAUCAAAUGCUGCGGCAGGCAACGCUUGGGGAUGUGGAUUUCAUUACGGGAGAUUAUCUUGCAGAAAUGAACCUGGCCGAACAUGCGGAGGCGAUGGCGGCCGGACAGCAUCCUGGAUAUGAUCCGUAUGCAUGGGAUGGGAUCCAGCAAUCGAUGGACGCUAUCGCGGCUAAGCGGAUCAAAAUAGUUAUCAACGGGGGCGCUUUGAACCCUCGUGGUUUGGCUGUUCAAACCCAGAAGCUGGUAAGCAGCCGAGGCUAUGACCUAAAAGUCGCCUACGUCGCCGGCGACAACCUCCUCGACGAGGUACGGGACAGCCUCGCAAAGACAGGCACACUGCCCGCCCAUCUCGACUCCAACAACCCGGAAAUCCAGACGCAGGCGCACACCAACGAUCUCCUGGACACCCAGGGUAAACCAGUCGUUUCCGCAAACACAUACCUCGGCGCCCGCGCAAUCGUCAAGGGCCUGGAAGCAGGCGCCGAUAUCAUAAUUUGUGGACGUGUCGCAGAUGCCUCCCCCGUAAUCGGCGCCGCAUGGUAUUGGCACGGAUGGAAGGAGACGUACUAUGACGCGCUAGCCGGGGCAUUGAUUGCGGGCCACCUCAUUGAAUGCUCGGCGUACGUGACCGGGUCGAAUUUCUCGGGCUUCUCGGAGUAUGAUCUCGAUAGAUUUGUGGAUUUGCCGUUUGGGAUUGUGGAGGUGGAUGCUGGGGGGAGUUGUGUGGUUACAAAGCAUGAAGGGACGAAGGGGCUUGUGAAUGUGGAUGUGGUUAAGUGUCAGUUUUUGUAUGAGCUGCAGGGAGAUGUUUAUCUUAAUAGUGACGUCAAGGCAUAUACACAGAACAUCUCAAUUGAGGCCGUAGGAAAAGAUCGGGUACGAGUUUCUGGUGUAACCGGUGGCCCGCCACCUCCCACGACAAAACUAGCAAUAUUCUACCGAGGGGGGUUCGAAUCUCAGCUUCUCAUAAACGCGACAGGCUAUGGCACCGAUAAGAAAUGGGAGCUUUUCGAGAAACAGAUGCGAUUUGGACUGGCAAAGAGGGGUCUUACUGCAGAUAAAUUCCAUUUUUUGGAAUUUCAAGUGCUUGGGACCCCGGCUGCGAAUCCUUCCAGCCAGUUUAAGAGCACGACCUACUGUCGUGUAUUUACGCAGGCCGAGGAUGCAGACACCGUCAUGGCGGUGCCGAUGGUCAUGGGCGAAUUUGCCAUGCAGCACUUUUCAGGCUUCCAUCUCUCCCUCGACCAACGAACUGCCCUGCCACGCCCUUACCUCGCCUUUUACCCAGCUCUGUACCGCCAGCAUUCCCUCAAAGAAACCGUAAAUAUUCUCACCCCAAGCCGUAGUAGUAGUGGUGGUGGUGGUGGCGGGGGGAGCAGCCAAGAAACCGCAACUACCACCUCAUCAAUCGCCGCUGGCCACCCUCCCGCCUUCGAAGCCCUCGAGGCACGGAAGAACUACAACACCGUCUCCCCAAUAGCCAUAAGCACCCUCGGCCCCACGACCCGCAUGCGCCUAGGCGACAUCGCCCUCGCACGAUCGGGAGAUAAGGGAGCCAAUAUCAACUUUGGCAUCUUCGUGCGGUCAGCGGGCCAGUGGGACUGGUUCCGGAGCUUCAUGAGCCGGGAGAAGAUGCGGGAGUUGCUGGGUGAGGAUGAUGAUGGGUAUUUCAUCGAGCGGGUUGAGUUCCCGCGGUUGUGGGCGGUGCAUUUUGUGAUUUAUGGGAUUUUGGGCCGUGGGGUGAGUAGUUCGACGAAGCUGGAUUGUUUGGGGAAGGGGUUUGCGGAUUAUGUGCGUGAUAAAGUUGUGGAGGUUCCUGUGGGUAUUUUGGAGGGCGCGAGAUUGUGAUCUGAUCUCCUUUUUUUAAAAAAAAUAUUGGUAUGUAGUUAUAGGUUUUGGUUUUUUUAGAUGGAUGUCGGUGGUUUUGGAUAUUUUCGCGGCUUUGUAGAUAUGGUUGAGAGGCAUAUAAAAUUCGCCCCCGCCCCCGGCCAUAGAGAGUAGUUAUAUUAUCUACAAUUUGAAUACAUUGUAAUUCCACCAAUAAAACGGAAAUAGACUUGGAUAGUGUCUAGAGCUAUGCAACAUCGAUCAUAUCUACAUUUCUAGCGUCA